CCUGGAUCCCUAUUUAAUAUGCCCACAAGUAUGGAACAGCUCUUCUGAAGCUUCGAGACUGGCAAUUGCUUUUGCUUUUUCUUUUCUUUUCUUCCUCCUUGAUUUUCUGAGUCCACGUCAUUAUUAAAAUGGAUUACAAGUAUUUCGAAGUCCUGUGGCAUGCGCAACUGUGGCAGCCCCCCUCGGUCAUACUCAAAAGUCCUCUAUGUCGUGAUUUUAUGACACUAUCAGCAUAUCGACCCACACCACCACCGUAUGCACCGAUAUUCAUUCAGGAUGCAAUCAACACGUUGGUUGACCUGCACCGUAUACUGGGUACACACAUUGACGACGCCCUCUCUGAAGCGCAAGCCAUCGCAAUGACCUUCAUUGAUCGCUGGCAUGAGACUCCCGAAUUAGAACUUCAAACCGGAGAAGUUCAUACGACAAGCGCACCGGCACGCCUCUACUGGCGGGUAAAGCUGUCUUGCAUGGCCACGAAGAAGUUUCAGGUCUGCUCUGCGGAUGAAUCCCUCAUCGCAGUUCAGCUACACAGUGGUGAAUGGAUCACCUGCCUGUGGCAGGAGGUGGCAAGCCUAAUCAAAAGGCUCGGAGAUACAGCACCUCCAAAUACUCCAACAGUCGGAGAAGAGGCAAAUGUGGGAAAUGAGGACGGUGACUGAUUUGUAUGCGAACGGCGUUACGGCACAUGUUCAACGUGGCAGGAUGUCAAGGGUCCGGGAUCCCUUGGUGAAUGAAGACGGAGAAGGACCCUAGGUUUUUGGAAGAAGUCCAUAUACUUCUGCACUCUCUAGUAUUACCCUCGAGCGAUAUUAAGAAUCCACAAUUGGUCAUCUAGUGAUCUUCAUUGACGAGAUCAGUGAGUGAAAUCUAAAAGAAUUGUCCUUGAG